AUGUCAUUCGGCCCCAAGCCACUGCGAGCCGUGAGGGGACAGAGCAAGGUUCUUGCGGAAUUAGAUAAGCUGGGCAAUCAAGGGCUGAAGAUGACGGCGGAGGGCAAAGCAGACAAGGAAGGGGCAACUGCAGAGGCUGAGACCUCGGACAAGACAAUCUUCUCAAAGUCCCUGACCGCCUUCAGCCCCUCAUCGUCACUUCUGCCUUCGAGUCCUCCGAAGUCAUUCUCCGAUGCAUUCUCGAGUCUGGCAUUAGCACAGGCACAGGACCUGACUUUGUCAGCUGACUGGGCCAUAUCCACUGUUCUCGCUGAUGGGUCAUCAAUUGGAGAUGUGACCAAUAUGGAGAGAGACAACUUGGAGGACCUCUACUAUCUGAACGCGAGUGACAUCGCCAAAAGGUCCACAUCAGGGCCCAGUCAAGCAGCAAGCAACAGAGUCUCUGGUCGGCCUGAUGAGAACAACGCGGAAAUGCCUAGAACACCACAUGCAAAGAUCUCGGCAAAGGGGAAAGAAGCCAGGACUUCCCACCAAUCUUUCCUUGAUAGCAUACAAGAAGUCCUGGGAAAGAAGACUUCUGACUUUGAGCAUAGCAGCUUUUUAGAUUCUGACGUGGCCAGAUUCUUAAAGUGCAGGGCCUCCAGUGUCGAGAAGGAACAGGCAGCCAAAUGGUGCUGCAAUGAGAACAAGGAACGUGAUGACGAUGUCGGGGGCAACGAAAGCAAGAACAGCGGCAAUGGCGAUGGCAACGGCGACAAAUGCGGCAAUGAUAACAACGACAGCGACAAAGGCGGUAACGAGCGUGGAAAACCCAGAAAAGAUGGGGACGCGACUGAAAAGUCUUGGAGCCCCGGGACUGUUGGCAAUCCGAUCGUCAUGGACAACAGAGAGAUUACAAACGAGAAUCCAGAGGUUUACAAGAUCAAGACAACGGUCCUGUUUUCCAUCUCUACAUACGAUUUACUUGUCGACUCGCUUGGGUUCGUCUCGCCUGAGGUUGACUGGCUUGGGUUCGGCUAUCGGGAGGUCUAG